AUGGGGGACUGGAACCUGUUGGGCAGCAUCCUUGAAGAAGUGCACAUCCACUCCACCAUAGUUGGCAAAAUCUGGCUCACAAUCCUGUUCAUAUUCCGGAUGCUGGUGCUGGGAGUGGCUGCCGAAGAUGUCUGGGACGACGAGCAGUCCGAGUUCAUCUGCAACACGGAGCAACCCGGCUGCAGCAACGUCUGCUACGACCAAGCCUUCCCCAUCUCCCUGAUCAGAUACUGGGUGCUGCAGAUCAUAUUUGUCUCCUCUCCCUCCCUGGUCUACAUGGGCCACGCGCUGUACAGGCUGAGGGCCCUGGAGAAGGAGCGGCAGAGGAGGAAAGCCCAGCUGCGGGCUCAGCUGGAGGACCUGGAGCCCGUGCCUGAGGAGCACAGGAGAGUGGAGAGGGAGCUGCGUAAGCUGGAGGAACAGAAAAAAGUGCACAAAGCCCCCCUGAGAGGGUCCCUGCUGCGCACCUAUGUCCUGCACAUCCUGACCCGGUCGGUGGUCGAGGUGGGCUUUAUGAUAGGUCAGUAUCUUUUAUAUGGGUUUCACAUGUCCCCCCUUUACAAAUGCACCCGGCCCCCUUGCCCUAACACGGUGGAUUGUUUUGUGUCCCGACCCACAGAGAAGACCAUCUUUAUGGUUUUCAUGAACAGCAUCGCCGCCGUCUCCCUCUUCCUCAACAUCCUAGAAAUCGCCCACCUGGGCCUCAAGAAGAUCCAGAAGAGCCUGCUCGGCUGCCCGCGCUGCCCGCUGGGCCCCGCCGACGAGGAGAUCAAGCAUGCUCCUAGAACUAUCAUCCAUCAUGAAAAAGUAAUGACAUUCCGAGGAAAAGAAGUAAACUAA